AUGUCAAGAAUCUGGUCACAAGAUCUCAACAAUUCAACUACUAAAACUACAACUACUAAUAAGCAGAAGAAAGCAAGCUGCGCUGCCACAGCAAUACCAACAUCCACAUCCGAGAAAGACGUUCACUUUAUGUGCACUAAAGGAUUGAUAAAUUCAUCGCGAAUUAAAAUUCCAUUUAAUUUGGCAUCUGCUCCAUAUUAUGCCAUAAUAAUAUUGUUAGCAAGUGGAAGUAUAGAUUUCAGAAUAAUAAUUAAUGGAUUCGUAGGCAGCGAAGGAAUUGAACCAUAUAGUAUAAUGAUUUUAUUUUAUGCUUUGGCUUAUAUAUGCGUUUCAUUAGAUUUAACAGGAUUUGUUGAAUUUUGUGCUGCAUUUACUAGUAACGAUGUAGUAGUUUUGACAGGAACAAUUUUCUUGGUAUAUUAUACGAAACAAGCAAACAUAAAUCCUCCUAUCGCAUUUUUCAUUUCAGAAUUUAUGGCCGCUAAUAUUGCCUCAAUGACACUUUACAUUGGUAAUCCAACGAAUGUAAUUGUUUCUCAAGCUUAUAGCAUUUCUUUCGUAAAAUAUAGUGCAUGGAUGCUUGCUCCAACUAUUGUAUCAAUUAUUCUUGCCUACAUAUUUCUUAGAAUAGUCUUUAGAAAUCCUAAAUUCAUUCCAAAUUAUGUUGACCCACCAAAAAGAAAUCCAAGAGAAGUUUUAAAAGAUAAAUUUGGAGCUAUUUUAGGAGUGAUUUUAUUAGGACUUUGUUUGAUUGCAUUAAUGGCUACUUCUUUCACAAAAAUUAAAGUUUGGGUCGUAACAUUACCUUUUGCCGUCGCAUCGAUGAUAAAAGAUAUUAUUUAUGAUUUAAUUGAUAGAAGAAAGAUACGAAAUGAUGCGCAAGAAAAUCAAGAAAAAAGAAAAUCAAACACUGAAUUUAAUACAACAAUUGAUUUUAGUAGCGAUAGAACUAUAGUAAAUGUCGAUAAGAAAGAUUUGGAAUCUGACAUAAUAGCUGAAAAUUUUGAAAAUUUAGAAUUAGAAUUACAAAACGAAAUUGGGGAAUCAAAAUGGCAUUGUUACUCUUUCAAAAAUAUAUUUCCAACAAUGUAUUCUGUAUUUAUUCGAAUGCCUGGAAGUCUUCUUCCAUUCUCAAUUGGCAUGUUUAUUCUUGUUGAAGCGCUUUCCUCAUUAGGAUGGAUAGCUUUAUUUGCAAGAAUUUUUUCGACUCUAACACCAUCAUAUAUACCCGCUGUGUUUGUAACAGCAACUAUUUCUAUAGUUCUCUGCAACCUAUUAAAUAAUUUACCUAUGACAGUUUUAUUGACGCGAGUUAUACAACACCCAAAUUUUUCUCAAGCAGAACAUGUAACAGAAUCGGUAAAGAUAGGUUGCCUUUUCGCGUUAGUAAUUGGAAGCAAUGUAGGCGCUUGUUUUACAGUUGUUGGAGCAUUAGCAGGUUUAAUGUGGGAUAAGAUUUUACGUGACAAAAAAAUGCAAAUUGGAUAUUGGCAAUUCUUGAAAUGGAAUCUUGGUGUAAUGCCUAUUGUUUCUCUAGGAGCAUACUUUAAGAGAAGAGUUAACAGACAAAGAAAGAGAAACUCUCGAGCAAAGUCUCUUGAAAAGAGGAAAUUACCAAACUCUGGCGUAAAGAGAAUAAAAUAUCUUGAAAAGAGGGAACCACCAAACUUUGGAAUAAAGGGGAUAAAAAAGAGGGAACCUCCAAACUUUGGAAUAAAAGGAAUAAAGUAUCUUGAAAAGCCAAACUCUGGAAUAAAGGAGAUAAAUUAUCUUGAAAAGAGGGAUCAUCCAAACUCUGGAAAGUAUCUUGAAAAGAGGGAACCGUCAAACUCUGGAAUAAAGGGGAUAAAAUAUCUUAAAAAGAGGGAACCUUCAAACUCUGGAAUAAAGGGGAUAAAAAAGAGGGAACCUCCAAAUUCCGGAAUAAAAAGAAUAAAAUAUCUUGAAAAGAAAGAACCAACGUCAAUCCCAGCUCAAAUUUGA